AGCGCGGCUGGCCCGGCUGGAGCUGCGCGUAAGGGAGCAGCAUUUGUUGAGCAGCACGGGCAGCCAGGAGAAGACGCCGAGUGGACGACGAAUUGCCCAACAAGAAAUAUUAAAGAGCACCAAUUCAUCUUCAACCUCGACAACUUCCGGCAACUACGUUUUUCCGCUAGUACAAGCAGAGGUGAUCCGGCAUGCCACGUUGAUUGAACAGGAAAAACUCUCCUCGACAACCACAAUCGCCAAAAAUCCGUCUUGCGAUCAAGAUCCGAAACCUGAGGAGGACCUUGACAGCUCGUCGAAACCUCGUCAUCUAGUUGGCCGGUCCGUGAGUAGCUGUUGUACUUCUAGCGGCAUAUCGUCCACCGGCAAUAAAGCUGCAUUUGCAAAGGCUGAGCCGAUCGUUCCGCCGCUGCACGGCUUAGCGAGUGCGACCGGAUCGUUUGCGUCUGCUGCGCCCUGCGGGCUUCACGACGGACAGGUGUCCACCCCGCCACUCCCGCCCAGUGCGGAGCGGAGCCAAUCGCUCGAAGUAAACAACAACGAAAAUGAUAAUUGUCUUUGUGUCAAAAAUACCUCCGCCGAAGAUCAUCAUGCAUCGGUCCGUCCGCGCACGGUGCGGAAGCAGGGGCGGGUGCGGUGCGUGGCGGUACCCUCUUCGCAGUUCGGGAUCGCCAUGCAGGAAUUGCCCACCAAAGCGACAGACGCGUUCCAGAAAGCCCGAGAGCACUUGGCGAAGGUAGAAGUUUUUGUCUCAUGACAACCUUUUUUUUAGAUUCGCUCGCGUGGUCACACUUCGAAGUACUAAGUGCCGAACGGUCAGAACACAGACGGUGCUACAUACCUGCUAUAGUGACAAGAAAGACAAGGACUGAACCCUUAGGUGCAAAACUUCGCGUACGCACCCCGUGCCCGGAGUGUGAUCCGGGAUCCGCAGUACACAAAACGGGCGGACUCCCCCACGUUGGACAGCAUCAAGCAGCGAAACCGCGAGCUGAUCCGGGCAACUUCCCCGUUUUCGACCAGCAUGACGGUGAUGCGAAGCAAGUCCGUCACAGCCUUGCAGCCGAUACGCAAAGGAAGAAUGAUCAUGUUGAAAAAGAUCUGAUGUCCGCACUGUUGUGGCUGGCCUUACGUUAGAAGUGGAUACAACUUUGAACAAGGCCGCAAAAUUUACGCAUGAGCAACACUGUGAUGUUUAGGUUUUUGCAUCAGACGAAGAUCGACGGUUUGAAAAAACCCGCCAGGGUGGAGAUGAAAGGACCUACAUCAGCUUUCUUCACUUCAAUAAGACAAAGUCGACGUUGGGAGAGGACCCUUUGCGCGUCAUCCUUCUGUGGUUCAGGGACGGGUUUCUGGGUAUAUUUAUGAGAUUUUUUUGAAUACUUUUUGCGGGCGGAAGAAACUGAAUAGAGGUGAAGAUCUCUCGGGUGUCAAGUCACGGCUUGUAACCACUCGCGCAUGAGAAGUUCAUUCGGAUGAAGAAAAAAAUCUCCACUAGCAACACGUUCGUCUCCAGUGUUGCCCCCGGCUCCGCGACCUCCUGUGCGGCACCGACAAAUCCCUGGCACCAACUCCUCGUUCCCAGCGCCAACGAUCCGGCUAGUACGGCAAAGCCCUUCACCCCGAUUCUCGGCAAGCGCGCCGCGCUGGCGGAGCGGGCCUGGUUGCUGCGCCAGCAAACGAGCGGCACGCAGUCGGUGUUUUUUCCCUCGUCCCGCCCGCCACCGCCGGUUGUGGCCCGGAUCUCCGCCACGGUACUCCAGCAAAAUCCCCGUGGCAACCAGCAAUCACCGGCAGGAUUCGCGUUCCAACAGUGUCGCAGCGUAGGGGUGCCGCAACAGGGUGUCAAUACGUUUUCCAAGCCUGUGAUGGCAGGAACCUACCAGCAACAGAAUGUUCCGGACUUGACUAAAGAUACGGCAGCUUCGUCGGGCGAUGAGACGAAGCAGGGGGACGACUUGGAGGAGGUGCAAAGGAUGUUGCUGCGACAGCAAAGUGGUCCCGUGGGAAUUUUGAUGACUCCGCAGUAUCAAUAGGGGCGCGGUAGGUCGUGACGAGAGAGUGUAGUUGGAACAAUGAAGUAGAACAGGGGAAUAUGAUAGCUUGUUGCAGAUGAAACAACUCACAGUAGAAACACGAGCGCGAACAAUGCGCGUCCCCGUGGUCCUCCUCCUCGUUGCUGUCGUCUAAAUGUGAUGCUAUCAACUACAGCGAGAAGUUCGCUAAUAGGGGUGAUGUCAUGUACUUAAAAGGUAUGGUUGUGUUCUGUUUCUAGAAGCAGAUGGUGCAACAUUUCUGAAGUGUCUAACGAUCCUGCUAAAGCUUUUUGUACAUACUUUUACGUAUUGAAUGGCAAUACAUACCCUUGUUUUGACCACAAGUUCGAGAACAUUCCACAGUUCGUUGCCUGGGAAAGCUGAGCAUCAACAUUUUCAACUGUAUACACUUUUUGUGCCCCCAUAAUGCGUGUACGUGUAGAGUUGUCCAUCAUGAACAGAAAAACGUGUACUACAUAAUUAAAACAAAAAGUAGCUCUCCUGUCUUUCCACGUGAGUUGAGGCGGCGAAAUCCCCUCGCUGGGCGAAGUGUUGGAGAAUGAUCUCCAGUAGUUCUUCUUCCACCCGUUCAACUUGCAAUUGAGCUGGAACUUCGUGGUGCCUAAUCCGGAUAAACCAGUUUCCCACUGCGUUCUUCUUGCUUUUUCUUUUGAAGUCAGGACAAGUGUGAAUCCAAAAA